AUGGAACCAAUUGACGAAGAAGCUGAAUUUGAUAUCAGUUUUGAGGUUAACGGCAGUGAGACCGAUGCUGCUGAUGAUGUUGAGGUUUCAAUCAAUGGUGGAAGUGACACAACUGGCACACAAGAAGGUGAUGAAGCAGCUCCUGCAAACAAAGGAGGGCGAAAGGAAAGAAGGUUAACAUCUUCAGUUUGGAAUCAUUUUCGAAUUCUGCCCCAGAAACCAAAUGAAAAGCUUCACUGUGAAUGUAAAAAAUGUGGUAAGAAAUACUUGGCUGGAAGUGAGAAUGGCACAGGAUGUGCUGCUGCCUCUACUACUGGCUGUUUCUUGGAGCUGAGCUUUCCCUCAAGACACAAGAGUUUCAACUGA